AUGUCAUUCUUGAGGAAUUUCUUCGGCACCUCUGCCACUGCCGCCGCCGCCGUUGAGGCAAAGGACGAGCUGAAGCCGGUUCGUGCCUUGCCUGCUUCAUGGUAUACUUCCCAGAGCAUGUACGAGCUUGAACAACGAUCGAUCUUCUCCCGCAAGUGGCUCCUUACAACACAUAAGCACCGCAUUGCCAACCCUGGCGACUGGGUUCACUAUGACGCUGCUGGUUACGAGUUCGUUGUCAUGAAGGAUCAGGAAGGAAACAUCACUGGUUUCCACAAUGACGACUUCUACCCCAUCCAUAUCCACCUCGACCGUAACGGCUUCGUGUGGGUCAACUUGGACACCAGUGAGAUUCCCGAAGUUGCCUGGAAGGACGACUUCGAGGGUGUUGAUGAGCAGCCCCGAUUCAGUCACUACAACUUCGAGGAAUACAGCUUCGACCACACGUGGGACAUGGAGGGCGAGUUCAACUGGAAAAUUCUGGCCGACAACUACAACGAAUGCUAUCACUGCCAAGUUGCUCAUCCCGAUAUUCCUAAGAUCGCUGAUCUGAACUCCUACUACGUGAAGACCAAGGCCGGUCACAUUCAACAUUAUGGUGCCCAGCGACAGGACCAGAUCGAUAAGGGCUUCCGAAUUGCCACCACCUACUUCUGGCCUAAUGCCUCGUUCAAUAUCUCCCCUCACUUCUUCUUCAUGCAGCGAUUCACUCCCCUUGGACCGAAGAAAUGUGUGAUGCGCUACGAGGUCUACCGGCACAAGGAUGCCAGCGACGCGGACUUCAAUCUCAUCAGCGAUAUGUACAAGCGAAUCAUGUCCGAGGACAAGUACCUUUGCAUUCUUUCCCAAAAGAAUCUUAAUGCCGGCGUUUUCGUCAACGGACAGCUCCACCCUGAGUUGGAGAAGGGUCCUCUCCACUUCCAAAAGACCGUGCGCGAGGUCGUCAUGGAGCACCACAAGAAGGAGGAAGACUGCGGUCAUCAGAUUUGGCCCGCUCAAGAACGUAUUCCCAGGAAUACUGCCGUCGAUGAAGACACCAUCGCUUUCCGCACAGGCAUGGACGUCUGCAGUGCAGAGAAGAACGAUAUGACAGACAGUCUAACAAGCAACUUUGCGCCAACCAUUGCUGUCUAA